AUGUCCCAAGCCCUCAGGACCGCCUCACGCCUAAAGCCCGAGAUCCGUCUGGCUCAGGCAGUUUCGGAGUUUGAAGCUGAUCUGUCCGGAGAACAGAAAGCGGCUUUUCGGGCUAAUAGAGCUAAGACAAUACAAUCGUUGCCAAAUACUCAAGAUGUCAUGUGUCUUGCUGCGGAGAUCGAUCGUGCCUCGGGAAGAAGUGGCCGUUGUCUCGGGCCUAGGCUUAUGAAUCUCCUGCAGGCAAUUCAGAAAUUUGCUGCCCUCGGUGAUGUAAUAGUUGGGGGAUCACAAAAUCUUAUUGCGUGCGGAAUUUGGACGAUUGUUCGAACGUCGUUGCAGCUUCUGACAACAUUCUCCUCGUAUCUUGAGAAGCUGUCUAUGCUGUUUAUGAAUGUUGGUCGUUCAGCACCUCGUUUUGAAAGCAUGGCUCUACUUUAUCCUCGCUCUAGGGAUUUGCAAUCAUCACUUUGUGAAUACUUUAUCGGGGUUGUUCAUCUCUGUCACGACAUAUUACGGUUCACCCGCAAGUCAAACCUGAAGAAGUUUGGUUCAUCAUUAUCCGAUUCGAAUUUGAAUAAAUAUGAGUCCGAUCUUGAGUCCUGGGGGAAUACAAUCAAGGAGGAAGUUGCCCUUCUUAUGGCAACCAGAAUUGAGGAGGAAGCUAAUAAGAACUCCAAGUUGCGAGAGGUUUCGUCCAGAUUCUUUCGGACAGCCUCAAACCAGCAAAAGGUCCAGGCUCGUCAGCGAGUUCUCGAUAUCUGUACCAACUUUGACCACAUGGUGGUGUGGAAGCAGAUUCGAAAGGCCGGAAACACAAAUACCUUUCGCCAAUGCCUACACUACCAAAGGUGGAUAAGUACGACAACAUCGAACACACUCAUUUAUACGGGCAAACUUGGGGCUGGCAAAUCCGUAUUGCUUGCUAAUAUAGUCGAAAACUUGCAUCUGCAGGUACAAGUCGAGGUUAUACCGGUGGCCUUCUUCUUUGCCCGACACGACGUUUCGGAGAGUUUAAAAGCACAAACCGUGCUCGGCUCAAUUGCGCGACAACUCCUUGAACGGGUUUCAGAUCUGACAAGGCCGGCUGAGCUACUCGAGCGAAUAAACAAUAUGGAUUCCCCCGAAAGAAUCUUUGCUCUCCUCCAAUCCGCAUUCCCACACGGAUAUAGGGCGUUUAUCGUAAUCGAUGGAAUUGAUGAACUCGAUCAAGAAGAAAGGAAAUUUCCGAUUCAACACCUUCACAAACUUCAAACUAUGUUUGUGAUUUCACUUUGCGUUUCGCUUCGGCAAGACGCAAAUGACCCGCUGAAUAUCCGCUCGGAACAGCUUUCCGUUGUUACGAUGACUUCGAUGCCCGAAAACACGUCCGAGAUCGAACUCUUCAUUUCACAUGAAUUACAGAGAUGCAUCGAGUCCAAGAAGCUCAUUGUUGGAGAUGUAUCCCUGCUCCUUGAAAUACAGGAGACCCUUACCAUGUUCUCACAGGGCAUGUUUCUCUGGGUCACUCUUCAGAUUGAAUCUUUAUGCGCCAUGGAGACCGACGAAGCAAUUUGUCAAGCUCUUAAAGACCUCCCGAAAGGCCUUUCCGAGACAUUUUGGCGCAUCUUGCAGAGAUCACAGAAACUUGGCCAUUCCUAUCAGAGACCGAUCCUAGAGCUGGUGACUGUGGCUCAGCGUCCGCUGACGUUAGAUGAGCUACGCGAGGUACUGAGUGUAGUUCCAGGUGAUACAAAGUGGAAUCCAACGCGGCUUCUUAAUAACAUCCAUAGCGCCCUGGCAUGCUGCGGAAGCCUUGUCAUUAUCGACGAAGAGGAGUUGACCUUACGCCUAGUUCACCACAGUGUCAAGCAAUAUCUUCUUACAGAGUUCAAAGACUCAGCUAGUAGGUCAGUCACGAGUGUCGAGGCCCAUGCAAGGAUGUCGGAUAUCAUUGUGACUUAUCUGAACUAUUCCGACUACGAUCGUCAGCUGUCAAAGGUUGUCAUCCCUGAGAUCAAGUCUGAUGAAACGAUGAAUGGUAUAAUUCGGUCUACGCGCUACUCCUUAGACUCCGUGAGCAGCAGCCUUGCUUUAAAGCUCUUUCGAUUCCAGAAUGACUCCGGCUUCAACAUGGCGAAGGCACUCGCAGAAGCGAAAGCCGCGCGCUUACGUUCGAUGGACCAUUUUUUCUUUCGUGAUUAUGCGAUGCUAUACUGGCAGUCUCACAUUUCACGAUCUUUACCACUAAGCCCUGCAAGCAGUAACCUUCUUGAGAGGCUGUUUGAGCGGAAAGCUUUGGACCUUGUCACAAUGACAGACGAUGGAGCAUCGUUCCUCCUCUUCCGAGCCGCGGAAACUGGCAAUUUGUCUGCUGUUAAAUAUAUCAUCAGCUCAAAGCCAGGUAUAGAUGUGAACAAGAAGAUGAAUCACCACGGACACACAGCAUUGCACGCAGCUGCUUGGUAUGGAGCUGAAACCACAACCCAGUUCUUACUUUUCUGGGAGAAUACCGAUCAAGCUGCUACAGACCUUGAUAAUAACACGCCUCUUGAUUUGGCAAUCAAAAGGGGUCAUGUGUUUAUUGUGGUCGCUUUCGUGGGUCACUGUGGCUCGGAUCUCACAAGAGCCGACCACGUUAUCAGAUCAUUGCACCACCAUCUUGACACCACUAGCAACUUCAACUUUGAUGUGAUCAGUGGAGUACUGCUAGUGGCAGCACGUGAUGGAAAUGAAAGAUUAAUCAGGAUGAUUCUCGAAGAAAGCCGGGUGGAUAUUGUUCUAAGACGUCGGAUAUGGAGAGCCAUACAUGCGGCAGUGAGCGGGAGGCAAUUGCACAUUGUUGAAUUGUUGCUCAGCUAUUCAAGGAUACAUCGACUUCCGCAUUAUGCGGUACAACUUGGCUAUGAUUCCCUACAGCAAGCUGUCAAUUUAGGAGAUCGGAGAAUCGUGAAGUCUUUGAUUAACUCCAAUAAGGUGGAUAUUGAUUCAAUCAACCAAGACGGCUUGACGGCACUACAUAUUGCAACAGAGUUCAAUAACCUGGCAAUGGUGAAGCUACUGCUUUUUCAUUCCAGAUUGUCUGUUGUGUAUAUCCUGAGUAGUCAAAACCAAACUCCAUUACAGACAGCGCUUUCUUAUGGAUGCGAGGAAGCAGGAGAGUUGAUGGUUCAACAUGUGCUCAGUGCCACAAUCACCAAAGGCAACAUUGAGACUGGAGAUUUUUCCGCGCCAAGAUGGGAAGCCAAGCCAGUCUACACACCGUUUCAUUAUGCCGUCGAGAAAGACGAUGUUUCCAUGGCCACUUCUCUGAUUGAAUUUGAUGCAAGCUGGGUUCACACACUGGAUCACGAAGGAAGAUACCCAUUACACUUGGCUGCCAUGAAUGGCAAUUUGGAUAUUGUUAACCUAAUACUUGCCAUUGAGAACGUGGAUGUCUUUCAUAUUGAUAAUCGGGGUUAUUCACCUAGAGACUAUGCGAUGAGAUUUGGCCAUGCUGUUAUAGCGAGAUUACUGUCUUGA